UCUCCAUCCCCCCCGCGCUGCCGGGUGUCUCUUUCGCAGGUGGCACCAUGGGGACAGGCUGUGCCACCACGCCCAGGACCCAUCCUGCCAGCACAGCGCACCCACGCCAGCUGUCCCCAGCAUCGCGCUGCUAAGAGGGAGCGGUGCCUGAGCCCGGGCAUGUGCUGCUGGACUAUGCCAUGUCCCCCCCCGGCCGGCGGGCAGCCCCAGCCCCGUGAGGACACGGCCAGACCGGAGCCGGACGCCGGGACGCCGGGACGCCCAGCGCCGCCAUGGCCCAGGGCUGGGACGCGGCGCUGUCGGGGAUGACGACGGGCAGCCGGUCGCGGAGCUCCAGCAGCGAGGCCAGCCUGGCCCCCCACUGCCUCCUCAGCAAGCAGAGCCGCCUGCUCAAUGGGGCCACCCGGGUCAGCCGCGCUGCUUCCCCCAUGGGCCGCGUCAUCCUCAUCAACACCCCCAUCGAAGCCAGCAGCAAUGAGAGCGACAUCAUCAAUGCCAUCACGGUGGAGAAGAGCAUGGACGGCAAGCUGGGCUUCAGCGUCCGUGGUGGAUCCGAGCACGGGCUGGGCAUCUUCGUCAGCAAGGUGGAGGAGGGCAGCGCUGCCGAGCAGGCCGGGCUGUGUGUUGGUGACAAGAUCACGGAGGUAAACAGUGUGAGCCUGGAGAACAUCACCAUGAGCAGCGCCGUCAAGGUCCUCACUGGCAACAACCGCCUCCGCAUGGUCAUCCGGCGGAUGGGCCGCGUGCCGGGCAUCAAGUUCUCCAAGGAGAAGACGGCCUGGGUGGACGUGGUGAACAGGCGUCUGGUGGUGGAGAAAAGCGGCUCAACGCCGUCGGAGAGCAGCUCCGAGGAUGGGCUGCGGCGCAUCGUCCACCUCUACACCACCUCCGACGACUACUGCCUGGGCUUCAACAUCCGCGGUGGCAGGGAGUUCGGCCUUGGCAUCUACGUCUCCAAGGUGGACCCCGGGGGGCUGGCGGAGCAGAACGGCAUUCGGGUGGGAGACCAAGUCCUUGCAGCCAACGGAGUCAAGUUCGAAGACAUAAGCCAUAGCAAGGCAGUGGAGGUGCUCAAGGGGCAGACCCACAUCAUGCUAACCAUCAAGGAGACCGGCCGGUUCCCUGCCUACAAGGAGAUGGUGGCCGAGUACUGCUGGCUCAGUCGCUUGACCAAUGGGCAACUGCAGCAGCUGUCUCAGGCCUCGGAGACCAGCUCCUCCAUCUCCUCCUAUUCCUCGGGGCCAGCACCAGGGGCAGUGAAUGGGCUGGGGACGGCCACCUCGGGACCCCCCACCCGCACCGUUGAUGUGGCCAUCUCCACGGAGGACGGGCCACGGCGGGGCUGGGCACGGGAGCGUGCCGAACGGGCCAUGCAGACCGAGCCAGCCGCCGAGGGGCUGCCGGAGACGCGGCGCACGGUGCGGCCCCCCGAGCUCCUGCGGGACACAGCCAUCCGGGCCCAGGGCGUCCGCGAGCCCCCCGGCACCCACCCGCGCCGGACCUUCGCCCACUCGCCCAAGACAGCGCUGCUGCUGGCACUGAGCCGGCCCCGGCAGCCCAUCACACGCUCCCAGAGCGACCUCACCGUCGCCGAGGAGAAGAGGAAGAAGGAGAAGCCAGAGGUACAAGAGGCACGGGGGGCUCCCCCGGGGCUGCACCGCUCCAAGACCCUCGUCAAUCUCUUCUUCAAAGGGGGCCGUGCCACCAGCCAGAGCUGGGCCCCCCCCAGCCAGGAGCCCCCCGCCUCCGACCGCCGGGCACGCGCCAAGUCCCCGGGGCGCCCUGAUGGGGACAGAGUAGGUGCUGUGCAGAAGUUUGUCAUCCGGAGCCUGAAGCGGGAGAAAAGCCAGCGUGCCAGCAUCCUGGGCCCCGCGGGCAUGGCUGCCCUGCAGCCCAGCAGCAGCGACCCGGAGGCCCGGCUCCCGCACAUCCAGGACACCGCCGCACGCCUCCUCAGCCCCGACGAGGUGACGGCCGUGCUCCGCCACUGCUCCCGGUACCUGCAUGAGGGCAGCGUGGAGGAUUUGGUGCGGCCGCUGCUGGCCAUCCUGGACCGGCCGGAGAAGGUCCUGCUGCUACGGGAUGUGAGGAGCGUGGUGGCCCCCACAGACCUGGGACGGUUCGACAGCAUGGUGAUGCCCCUGGAGCUGGAAGCCUUUGACGCCCUGAAGAGCCGCUCAGUGCGCUCGCCUGCCCUCCGCCCAGCCCACCACGACGUCCCCCCCAAGAGACACCUCAUCACACCAGUGCCUGACUAUCGGGGCGGGUUCCUGCUGAAGCCGGCUGGGGCCCCAGAACUGGAGGAAGCCGGGGGGCUACAGGCGAGCCCAGCCCGGCUGCGAGCCUCCCCCAGCCCCCACCAGCUUCACCCCCGCACCUACACCCCACUCCCCGACGUGCCAGUGGAUGCCUACGCCUGCGCCAGCCGCCCCCCACCCCCUGCCAGCCCCCGGCCCCCCAACUGGCUGCUGGCUGAGCCCCCCCUGGGCGAGGGGCGCGGGCGUUCACGCAGCCCCCGGCCCACCUGGCACAAGGAGCCCCCCAGGUCGGUGCCCGACAGAGGGGCCGAUGUGCUGGGGAAGCCCCGGCGGACACGGCCCCCCCUUGCACCCCUCUUUGGGGGGCCAGGUAGUGAGGCAGGGGCUGGCGUGGCCACCAAUGGCCCCGGGGAUGCUGGCAGGGAGGAAGAGGAGGAAGAGGAGUACCGGCUGCUCACCGUCACCCUCUCCAAGCUGAAGCACUCACUGGGGAUCAGCAUCUCCGGCGGCAUCGAGUCGAGGGCACAGCCAGUGGUGAAGAUCGAGAAGAUCUUCCCUGGGGGAGCCGCCUUCCUCAGUGGUGUCCUCAAGGCCGGGCAGGAGCUGGUGUCAGUGGAUGGAGAGAGCCUGCAGAAUGUCACCCACCAGCGGGCUGUGGACAUCAUCCGCCAGGCCUACCGCAACAAAGCCAAGGAGCCCAUGGAGCUGGUGGUGCGGGUGGCUGCAGUCUCCCCAGAGUGAUGCUGCACCCCCGCUUCGAGGAGCCAUCCCACGCUCAGGAGGAGCUGGAUGGCUCAUUCCUGCACCAAGUUGUGGCUGGUCUCAGCACAGGCAGAGUGCACGAGAGCCAGAGUCACCCCACGGGCAC